AUGCUAUCUCUACUAUCAUUACCGCAAUAUUUGUUUCAAUUUCUGGGACUUAUUGUGUACAACCAGUUCACAGACCCCGUGGUGGCUCUCGAGUACAACCCCCUGACGGCACCAUUCAUAUGCUUCCGAGGGGUCACUCGUGGAGACUAUCGGCAAUUGGUUCGCAAUAAUGUCGGAAAGCAUUUGAAAGUGUGUUCAGCAGUGGGUCUCCGAAACUAUUGCAUAGAAGUGGUCACCGAAAAGGGUUUGGGUUUAGAUCGCUAUAAUCACCCGAAAGUCAUUGAAACCAUAGUUCCCGUUCAGUAUACGCCCGCAAACGGAGCUAUUUUUAAGGCACGGGCUCUUCAGUACGGCCUGGAGGCCGGACACAACCGGUUGGCGGCGGACGACUGGAUCGUCCACUUGGACGAGGAGACGGUGAUGACGGAGGCGUCCGUCGCCGGUAUCGUGAACUUCGUGUGCGACGGCCGCCACGACUUUGGACAGGGAGUCAUCACAUACGCCGAGCACCGGAUGGUCAACGUAUGGACCACUCUUAUGGACUCGGGUCGAGUGGCCGACGAUUUGGGGAAAAUCCGCUUUCAAUUCAAAUGCCUCCAUAAGCCGGUGUUCAGUUGGAAAGGCUCGUAUUUCGUGUGUCGGGCGGAGGCCGAGCGCCGGCUGUCCUUCGACCACGGGAUGGAGGGCUCGAUCGCCGAGGACUGCUAUUUCGCGCUCAACGCCUACCGGUGCGGCCAUACGUUCGACUGGAUCGAGGGUCGGAUGUGCGAGGAGUCGCCGUUCACUGUCAGCGACUUCAUCGCCCAAAGGAAACGCUGGAUGCAAGGCAUUCAUCUGGUGGUCCACUCGUCGGGGCUGCCCUGGGGGUGCAAACUGUGGGUGGCCAUGUCCCAUUACGCCUGGGUCACGUCCAUACUCCAUAAGGCGUUGAUUGUGGUGCUCUAUGUUAAGCCCCAUUACUGUAACUAUUGGAUGUCCGGGUUGAGUGCGUUUGUGAAUGCAGUCGUGUUUUAUGUGUCUGUUUUC